GAGAGAACGAGUCCAACUCCCCGUGUCUCUCGUGUGACGCCUGGCUGCGACGGCGAUAGUGGUUUUUAAGUGGAUUCACCUGACACGAGAGAUAAGACGAAUCGGACAGAUGAGUGGUCGAGGCUUCCUAGUCCUGGUGCACCCCAGUACACGGUUCAGCGGGUAACCCUUCAUGGAUUUUUCAUAGCCCAAGGGCCCGGAUGCCUAAACUAGGUCGCCAUGCGGCCUGUAUACUAUUCCUCAUGGUCGCUUUGACCUGUUCUGACCAAACCUCCCUAGACCAGGGGUUGGAUAACUCUGCACAACCAACUCCAGGUACACAAGUCUUCACUUUGUCGGAUGAAAAGCGGUUAAUCAAGCGAUUGCUGAAAAAUUACGAAGACGCUGGAAUUACCGGUCGUCCAGUGCAGCACACAGAAGAACGCGUUUUGGUGAACAUGUCUCUCUCAUUGAUCCAAAUACUCGACUUGGACGAGAAGAAUCAAGUACUCACCAUCAGCGUCUGGCUGCUGUUUAAUUGGAAAGAUCACAUUCUCAGAUGGAAUCCUGACAACUAUUCCCAAGUGGUCGAGGUUCGUGUACCGCCAAAACAAAUUUGGACGCCGGAUAUUGUACUAUACAAUUACGCGGACGAACGUUUGAAAGAAAUGCGCGACGCCAUGGUAGUGGUUCAUUACGAUGGUUCGAUAAAGUGGAUGCCUCCAGCAAUCUUCAAAUCCAACUGCAAAAUCGAUAUCAAAAGCUUCCCGUUCGAUGAACAAACGUGUCACAUGAAAUUCGGCUCGUGGACCUACGACGGGAAUCGUUUAGAUGUGUCGUUUAUUAACAAUGAGCAGCACGUCCUAUUGGACGAUUAUACGGAGAGCAAUGAGUGGGAGAUAUUUGCCAGACCGGCGAUGCGCAAUGUGAAAUACUAUCCAUGUUGCCAGGAACCGUAUCCAGACCUGACUUAUUUUCUAUUCCUCCGAAGAAACGCCGCCUUCUUCUCAUACAUUCUCGUGCUACCCUGUGUCCUAUUAUCCUCGCUCACUCUGGUGAUUUUCUGGCUUCCACCUGAGUCUCCAGCCAAAAUGGUUCUCGGAAUGAACAUUUUCGUUGCCUUUUUUCUGCUGCUUCUCCUAUUGGCUGAUUCUACACCUCAGGCGUCAACCAGUGUCCCUUACAUAGGGUAUUAUUAUUGCCUCAACAUGGUGCUCAUUACCCUGUCUUCCUUCUUAUCGGUGAUCGUGAUCAAUUUGUACUUUCGAGGGGAUCGUCGGAACCGUGUCCCUUGGUGGAUUCGAAAAUUUUGCCAAGUGGUGACGAAAUCAUGCAGGGACAAGGGGCACUCGGAAACCGUUGAUGAAGAGUACAAGGACACUGCCAGUGUGCACUUCAAUGACAAGUCACAGCUACUCGCUGAGGCCAAGGAUCAAGAUCGGCGGUUACCGUCUGCGAAUUUUUGCAAACCAAUUUUAUCCGUCAAUGGUCGUCCGGUGCGCAUGGCCGACGACAAAAAACGUCCAACGACGACAACUACAGCAGGAAGAGGCAAACAGAGCAAAACACGAUUUGCCAACAUGGGGCCAAAUGGCAGGGCAGAGGACGUGUUGUUAUCCGGUCAGCGUAAUCAUCCAUCACACUCGACAAACAUAGGACGCGAUGGUGCACAAACAUCUAGAAUGGUACAUAAAAGGCAUGAGAGGGACCGAGGAGAACAUAACACAUUGGGCAGUAAAAUGCGAAGCCAAUCACUCCCGCCAGUUGGGGACAACAAACAAAAAAUAAUUGCAAAUAGUGGAUUGUUCGCUCACGAAGGUGCCUGCCCAUUCUCGAGAAUACCGCAUCCACAGGACGAUGACGACUAUCAUUGGUGGACGUAUUGCGCUCCGACGUCACCGUCCGCGUGCUGCCAUGCGCAUUCCACCUAUUGCUCAAUUGGAACGGACAGUAUGGGUCGACAUAGACAUCAAAAACACCCGCAAAGCUGCCACAUGUGUUUGCAACACUUGAACGCACUCCGAAAGCAAAAGAGUGGCCAGUCCACCCAAUGCGCAGUCUGCCGCCGAGUGGACAAAAAUCAACCACCCACAUGCACCUGUGGUCAUCACUCGUGCUCAAGUAGCGAUGUGACGUCGGACCACCACCAACACAGAUCCAACAUAGGAGCGUGUAAUAUUGCGCACAGACCAAGUUGCCAAUUGUAUGUGUGCACCCAGCAUAUGGCAAAUCCAUUCCCAACAUGCUGUCAGGCACAAAACGGCAGUGUACGCUAUGAGUACAGAGACGGUCAACUGAGAUUGGUCCACACAAACCAACCAAAUGAGAUGUCAGCCACAAUAGGUUCCUUCCCUUCAGCGAUGAGACACAAACGGUUGGAGAAUCCAACAGACGGCAACGCUGCAGUACCUCUGAUUAGGCUGACGAAGAAUUUGGAGAGGGAACUACAAGAUAUACGUGAGGCCAUUCGGUCAUUUCUGACAAGGAUCGCGAAAAAGGACGCCGACAACGUAGCUCUACGAGAAUGGAGAAUGGUCGCCAAAGUAUUGGACCGCAUAUUUUUUAUCUGUUACUUAGUAAUACAUCUAGGUGCUGCCUUUGGUCUGCUCAUUCCAAGCUCUCAGGAAACCAACGCGAUUGAAUUUAUGCGAGAGUACCGGUUGAAAAAUUACAACGCAACCUACACAGAUGAAGAGGCGGCCAGUCUCUCGCCCUUGGCUUUGUCUCCCGUGAAUCCGCAUAAUCGCGUCUUCGGCCGCUCCCUCGAUCGUGUGAUACCACCGAAGGAAGAAGGCCAACCGCAAGUGGUAAUGGAUACAAUAAGGAAGAAAUCAGAGAAGCAGGCGGUACACACAGAUGGAUCAUUCGAAAUUAAGAGCUCAUCGGAAGGAGUUGGAAAACUAUCCCCCUACCAGCAACUAGUCGACAAGGGAAGUGUCGGUCAGCGCAGAAUGAGCGGCUCUUCUAACAACCACCUACCACAAAACGAUCAACCGAUCUUCGUCUACACCUCAGGUCCUCUAGAUGCUGCAGAACCGAAUAAGCACGCAAAUGAGUACGCAGCCACACCGAUCUACUAGUCCCAUUGAACAUAAAAUGGUUGUGAGCUGACAAGGUCAGUCAUUAUCGAUUGGUUGUGAUGAACUCGAUCAUAGUUUUGUACUCUGUUUCUAAAAAGCAACUUUUUCCAUAUUCGAUUGACAUACCUCUUGGAAAGCAUGGCAUUUAGCAACACAUACUGUUUAGGUGCGGCACAAUAUUCGCAUGCCUUUAAAUUCAAAGACAUGGUUAAUAAAACCACCGAUUUGUAAUC